GAGAAUCGUAGAAAUGAGUUGCUUUUCUCGGCUAGAUUUCAUCCUUGAACCAGCUUAAGAGGUAUGGCUUAUGUUCUGCAAUUUUUUGGAAUUCGUAAUCGAAUCUACGGAUUUUUUUGUUUUCCGUUUCAUUUUGCUCCGUCGCCAUGUUAUCUGUGAUGAACAACGAGUGCGAAUUAGAUAGAAAGUCCGAUGUCGCCGUUGAUCUGACUUUAUAUGAGGGUGAACAUCCCGAUGUAAUUAGGGUUUCGGAAGCUUCGCGUGCUGAGCGUCGGUCCGUUGCUCGGAUUGAUGGAACUGAGUGUUUGACGACGACGGCUGUUGGGUCCGAGGAUUCUAGGGGUUUCCCUGAACUCGUUGGUGGACAAAUGGAGGCCAAAGCUGAAGUCAGGUUUCCAGAUGGAGAGGUAUAUGAUCUAGAUUCAAAUGGUGGGAAUUUUGGUUCGGUAGCGGAACAUGUGGAACCGGAGAAGGUGGGAUGCGUAGAAUCUUGUGUAUCGCCGGAUAUCGAUUCCAGACAAAUGGCUGAAACAAUGGAUUCUAGGGUUUCCGUUCAAACUGACGUGCCGUUGAUUCAAGACAUAAUGAUGGAACAUGAGACGACGAGCGGCGGAGUGAUACCUGAGGUUUCUUUUGGAGAAAUGGGAAGAGAUGCGGAAGCCACCGUUGAGGCCAUUGGCUCUGAUUUCAAUUCUUUAUAUUCUAAGGUCGAUUUAAAUUAUGAAACAGCUAGGGCCUUGAGAUAUGGAUUCAAAAUAGGGGACAUGGUUUGGGGAAAGGUCAAGUCUCAUCCAAUGUGGCCUGGACAAAUCUAUAAUGAUGCAUUUGCAUCUCCUUCCGUGCGUCGGACGAAGAGGGAGGGUCAUGUUUUGGUUGCUUUCUUUGGUGACAGCAGUUAUGGUUGGUUUGACCCAGAAGAUCUAGUCCCUUUUGAGCCUUACUACGCAGAAAAAUCACGACAGACAAACUCGCGGAAUUUCUUGAAGGCUGUUGAAGAGGCUGUUGAUGAGGCCAGCAGGAGAAACGCACUUGGGUUGGCUUGCUAUUGUCGCAGCCCGUUCAAUUUCCGGCGUACAAGUGUUCAGGGGUACUUUGCUGUCGAUGUAGAUGGGUAUGAGCCUGGUGGAGUUUAUUCAGUGAAGCAAGUUAAAAUGGCAAGAGAUAACUUCCAGCCAGCUUCGAUGCUUUCGUUUAUUCUGCAAACAGCAUUAAUGCCUCGGAGUAGUGAACCAAAGGGCAUUGAUUGGGUUAAGGAUAAAGCUACUGUUCUAGCUUACCGGAAGGCAGUGUACGAAGAGUAUGAUGACACCUAUGCUCAGGCAUUUGGAGUUCAACCAACACGACCUUCUCGUGAUUCGAUGGGGGUAUUAGUUCAACCUGAGAAAUUUCCAUUUCGAGCUCCUUUGAGUGGUCCUCUGGUGUAUGCUGAAUCUCUUGGUGAAAAGAAGAGCUCUACAAAGCCUAUGAAAGGCAAAGACCAAUCAAAGAAAGGCAAAGAUCAAUCAAAGAAGAGCAAAAAUCAAUCAAAGAAAGACAAGUACUUGUUGAAAAGGAGAGAGGGACCGAAUGACGUCAAGGCCCAUCACAUCAGCGAAGGAUGUGUAAGCAUUUCGGUACCAUCAAGUUUCAAGGAGGCAGAGCCAUCAUUAGCAGCUGGGGACUAUUUGUUGCAAAAAAGGGAAUCAAUAAAGCCUCAUACUCCAGGAAAAGGAGCAGAAAUUUUCAGUGGGGUAGUUUCAGUGCCAAGUCAAGGAGGAGCUGGGCAAGAGGUGGCAGAAGUGGAUAAGAAACCAGUAAUUGCUAAUUUUAACUCAUUUGAUUCACCAAUGAACACAAAUCGGGUUAGUGAAUUGGCUGGUUUUCAAUUGUUGAGUCAGCCUGCAGCCAUAAGCGAUUCUCCCGUUGCACCGGGGGGCCAAGAAUAUGGAAUGCAACCUCUGGAUGAGGAGAUCUGUCUCUUGCAAGAGGUGAAAGGAAGAGUGAAUGUGGAUGUGGUGAGGGGUCCAAUAAGUGAUGGUAUGCAUGGAUCUGAUGCGAUGGGGAUGUCAGAAUAUCCUGGUGCAGUACACCAGGCUUUUCGGCAGGAAGAAGAAGCCAUGGUUGAUGUGAAACCUGAGGAGCACGUGAAAGUUGGCAGCACAGUUGAAGGUCUUGAACCACCGAGGAUGAGAAUCAUAAUGCCCUCUGAAAAUCACCAGAGACUUGAUAUAGUGCAGGAAGGUGGUAGAAGUAUGCCUUGUUUACCCAGUGAUGUGAAGCAUCCUGCUGGUAAGGUCAUAAAAAUGGGCAGUGACAAAGGAAUGAAGGCAAAAAAGGUCCUUAAACGCCCUGGAGAGGAGUUGGACUCUGACAAAUCUUUCAAGGGGGAGAGAAAGAGGAAGAAAAAGAAAAAGGAAACAUGCUCAGAGACAAACAUAAAUCAUCAACAGAAACAUCUGAAAACUGUAAAAGAUGGAGAAUCAAUGAGAAAAUCUGCGGGCAAAUCCAUUGGCAUUGGUAUUGAACCACAGAGAAAAGUUGAUGCAUCCGAAAGUAUCUUCCCGUCUGGCUCAUUGAUGACACCAUCAGUGGUUGAUAUGGGGAAUAUGGAUUUCGAUCUUCCGCAGUUAGUGGAAGAUCUGUUUUCUCUUGCUCUUGAUCCCUUUCAUGGUGUAGAACGGAACAGCCCUGCUAUUGUACGACAGGUUUUCCUGCAGUUCAGAUCCAUUGUCUAUCAGAAAAGUUUGAUUUUAUCACCCUUGACGGAAGCUGAACCUAAAGUUGAACCUGGAGCUUCUGAUCAAGGGAAUAAAUCUCCAGCCAUUACUGGUGCUGUGGAGGUUCCUCCUGGUGAUGAGGGAAACCAGCCCUCUGCUUCCAGGCCAACAAAAAAACUAUUUACACCAAAGGAUCCGACAAAAGGCGGCCGUAAACGUAACCCCUCUGAGCGCCAGGAAGAGAUUUCUUCCAAGAGGCUGAAGAAAUUGAAGGAUCUGAAGUCAAUGACUGCGGAAAAGAAGGCUGGCAGCUUGAAGACUUCUGAAAUGCAACGAGAUCGGAAAGAUGUGAAAGAUACUGGUGUAGCAGUGUCAGCAAAGCCAAUCAAGCCAGAUUCUGUAAAGAAGCCGGAGCCGCCUUUGAGGGUGGUGGAACCUACAAUGCUGGUUAUGAAAUUCCCCCCUAAAACAACACUACCAUCCGUUCCACAGUUGAAGGCAAGGUUUGUUCGCUUUGGGCCACUUGAUCACUCUGCCAUCCGUGUGCUUUGGAAGUCUUCAACAUGCCGUGUUGUUUUCAUGCACAAGUCUCAUGCACAUGCAGCACACGACUAUGCUGUACGAAAUAGCUCCUCCCUAUUUGGGGGUAAGGUCUUAUACCACUUAAGGAGUUUGGAAGUACCAACGCAGGUGUCGUCUGAUUCAGUCAAGCGGAGAGAAGAUGCUGCUGAUGAGACCACACAGUUGAGGGUACAGUCCACAAACAUGUCUGCCACAGAACCUAGGCAAGCAGCAUAUCGGCCACGACCACCUCAACCUGCCGUCCAGCUGAAGUCGUGUCUGAAGAAGCCGACUGGUGACGAGGCAGGGCCAAUUGUGAGUGUUCCGAGGGAGAGCCCACGUGUAAAAUUCAUGUUGGGAGGGGAAGAAAGUAGUAGGGGAGAACAGUUGGUGGUUAGUAGUAGCAUCAACAACAAUGGUAGUAAUGCAGAUGGUGGUGCAUCUUCUCUUGCAAUGGAUGUUAAUAGCAAGAACUUUCAAAAGGUCGUUCCUCUGCCUCCUCUCCUUCCUCUUCCCCCUCGUAGUUUUCGGGAUGUGCAUGAUAGUCGUACAGUUCAAUUACCCAAUUACCACAAUGUGCACCGUAACGAAGUAGAGACAAGGAACAACCCCAACAACAUCGGCAACGCUACCACCGCCACCACCACCACCACUGCCGCUACCAACAACGUAGACAUAUCACAUGAGAUGUUAAGUCUUCUGAUAUGGUGCAGUGACAUAGUAACCGAUGUGAAGUCGUCAUUAGGAUAUGUUCCUUACCAUCCUCUUUGAGGGCAAUGCGUGCUGAUCGGGUCAUAAAAACAUGCAUGCAUGCCGGGGUACCA